UGACCGAGAAAUAUAAGGUCCUCACAUUCUGCACAUCAGUACAAGAAAUACUGGACGCUCACAAAAACAAUCAGAUUUGUAGCAUGAUUGGUGUGGAGGGGGGACAUUCCCUAGCGAACAGCCUGCCAGUGCUGAGGAUUUUGUACAAAUUGGGAGUCAGAUAUUUAACAUUAACAUCAACCUGCAACACCCAAUGGGCAGACUCUUCACUAGUAGAUAUCCCAGGCAGAAAGCCAGAACAUGGUGGAUUAACAAACUUCGGAAAGAUCAUCAUAAAAGAGAUGAAUCGGCUAGGCAUGUUGGUCGAUUUGUCCCAUGUUUCUGUGCGCACAAUGAAGGCAGCUUUAGAAGCAACUAAGGCUCCAGUUAUAUUUUCUCAUUCUUCAGCUAGAGCACUUUGUAACAGCACCAGGAAUGUUCCAGAUCAUAUACUUGCUAAAGUUAGCUUAAAUGGAGGAUUGGUGAUGGUUAACUUUUAUUCCCAAUUUUUGACUUGCAAAGAAACUGCUACCAUAGCUGAUGCGGCAGCACAUAUUAACCAUAUCAGGCAAGUUGCUGGUGUGGAUUGCGUUGGCUUAGGUGCCGGCUACGAUGGAAUAAAUUCAACACCAAAAGGUUUAGAAGAUGUUUCCAUGUACCCAGCACUGUUUGCCGAGUUGAUCGCAUCUGGACAAUGGACCCUAGAGGAGCUAAAGAAAUUAGCAGGACUCAAUCUCUUAAGGGUUCUCAGAGAAGUUGAAAAGGUGAGGGAUGAUAUGGCUAAAGCAGGUGUUGAACCUUAUGAAGAUACCAUAGCACCUAAAUAUCUAAAGGGAAGAAGUAAUUGUACAUCACAAGAACCCUUUUAGCCCGAACUCAACAAGGAUGAGGAAAACCUAUUACCGAACUACAUGAGUCCUUGGG